GGUCUGUCAACCCAGCUGAUCCCAGUCAUCAGGGGUUUUUGUGUCUUUGGGGAGAUCAUGGCUCGCACUUUAGGUCUGCGCGGGUCGCUUUUUCUGGUUUUAUUGGAGAUAAGCAUCAUCUGCACUGCCCAGAGGGUUGGAGGCGGCCCUUCUGGUCCAGCAGGUGUGCCUGGAAUAGACGGCAUUGCUGGGGAGAGAGGUGACCCUGGUGAAGACGGAUCUGCUGGCCCUGAUGGAGAUCCUGGAAAACCUGGUUCUGCUGGACUUCCUGGUUUACCUGGUGCUGAUGGUUUGACUGGCCCUGUAGGAGAUCCCGGCCCCGAUGGCCUUUCUGGACAAAAGGGGGAACCUGGAAAACCUGGACCCAGAGGAGAAGCUGGUACUGGACCUGAUGGACCUAUUGGACCCCCGGGGCCAGGGGGACUUCCGGGUGAGGAGGGUAAAGUGGGACCCCCUGGAGCCAUGGGUGUAAGAGGGCCACAGGGACCCCGUGGAGCAACAGGGCCCCGUGGCGCUGCAGGGAUGCUGGGUGGAUCUACGGAACUGUGUCCUAAUGCAUGCUCACCUGGUGCACCUGGCCACCCUGGCUUGCCUGGCAUGAAGGGUCACAAAGGAGUGAAGGGAGAGAGCGGUGAGCCUGGUAAACAAGGACACAAGGGAGAGGAAGGAGAUCAGGGGGCACCUGGAGAAGUCGGCACUCAGGGUUCAACUGGACCUCAGGGGACUCGAGGUGCCAUGGGAAUGAUUGGCUCUAAAGGAGAAAUGGGCAUCCGAGGUGUUGAUGGGGAGCCGGGCCCUCAGGGUGUCACAGGUGCCACAGGAGAUCGAGGCCAGAGGGGAGGAGUUGGAGAAACUGGACCUAAAGGUGAUCAGGGCCCUCAAGGGCCAAGAGGCAUCACAGGUCUUCCAGGGCCAAAAGGAGACGGCGGUUUGCCAGGCGUGGAUGGCCGUGAGGGUAUUCCUGGCAUUCCAGGUGCUAAGGGCAAUGCUGGGAAACCGGGCGCUCCAGGAGAAAUUGGCCUUCAAGGUGUUCCUGGUUUGCCAGGAAGCCCAGGGCCAAAAGGUACAUCAGGAGAAAAGGGUAAUGCUGGAGAUCCAGGACUUUUGGGCACUAUGGGAUCUGCGGGCAGACAGGGUGAGCGUGGAGAACAAGGAGAGUUUGGACCCAUCGGGCCUAUUGGCCUAGCUGGAGACCGUGGAGAGCAGGGCCCACCGGGACCAAUGGGGAAACCAGGAGCCAGAGGUCCUAAAGGUGAUUUGGGUUUGCCAGGACUUCCUGGACCACCAGGCCUGCCCGGAGUAAAGGGGGAACGGGGUGAAGCCGGUGAUUCUGGACCAAAGGGAGAACAGGGAGAUCAAGGAGCAGAGGGAACAUCAGGAGACAAUGGAGAUGUUGGUGAACCUGGCCCACCCGGUGUAAAGGGCGAAGUCGGUAACCAAGGAGAUCCAGGUAAUAGGGGACCAGAUGGACCGCGCGGGCAGCCUGGCCUUGAAGGACCUCCUGGUAGCCCUGGACCGCGUGGUGUGCAAGGGGACAGAGGAUCUCCAGGACCUCGUGGCUCCCAGGGGCCAAUGGGUAAAGAACCGAGCGACCCACACAUCAGACAGGUGUGCAUGCGUGUGAUGCAGGAGCAGCUGGCCCAGUUGGCCGCAAGUCUGAGAAGACCAGAGUCCGGUGCGGCCGGACUGCCGGGCAAACCCGGACCCCCCGGACCUCCGGGAACCCCGGGUGACAGCGGCUUCCCUGGGCACGCUGGUGCAAGAGGACUUCCUGGACUCAAAGGACCUCCGGGACCCCUGGGUAUCAAGGGGCCGAAAGGUGAGAUGGGAGACAGAGGAGACAGAGGACCCACAGUUCGGGGACCCAAAGGCACACCAGGCCCUCCAGGUCUACCCGGUGAACCUGGAAUACCGGGAUACGGUCAGGAUGGGCGUGAUGGAGAGCGAGGACCACCCGGAAUCCCGGGACAGCCUGGCGUUCCCGGUCCUCCUGGUACAGCUGGUCAACCGGGUUACUGCGACCCUUCAGCCUGUAAUCUGAGCGCAGGUGCCGCCCAUCAAGACUCUAACAUGAAGGGCCCGGGAGGAAACUAAAGCCGUACUACUGGGACAUCAGGAUCAGGUGGAUUCAGAUAGUGACAGCUCUGUGAGGAGCACAAAACAUUCCCAUCACCCUCACAGAAACAUUCAUAAUGGUGGUGAACUUAGACCGGGGGCUGCAGUGUGCCAAAGAUAAACCUGCCAAAAAUCUGGGUAUUAGCAGAAAACUGAAAGGGUCCUCAUGUAAAGGAAUAAAAAAGAGAGCAAAUAUUGUAAAUGAUUUGAUUGAUUGUUGUUUUGUAAGAAGUUCAUUUCCCUGCUGAAGAACAGUGAUGGAAAGGUGGAAGAUUGCGAGGGAAACACAAAAAACAUUUGAGAAAAUGCCGAUACACAUUUCAUAUUUCUAUUUAUUUUACAUACUUCGAAGGAAUUGAAAUUUGUACAGAGAUCAACUAUUGAAUACAUUUGAAUGUUUCAUAUGACCUUAAAAUAAAAACUAGGCCUCAAACAUUCAAAGUAAAGUGGAUUUAUUGUUCAGACCAACUUUCUCUCACUUAUUUCUGAAUGAUAGACCAGGACAGAUCGGCUCUUUCAGUGUUG